AUGGCCAAGAUUAAGGAGAGGGAAUGGUACUUCCUCAAGCCUUCUCCGGGACUGGAUGAAUAUGGGAACAAAUUUGCUGUCAAGAAGCUCAAUGGGCUGCAUGGAAUUAGCGAUAAGAAAUUUGAGGACGAGCUUAAAAUUAUGAGAAUGCUCCGACACGAAAAUAUCAUACGGUUAGUUGGCUAUUGCCAUGAUAAGAUGCACAUGGCACUCUGCUUGGAGCAUAUGCCUAAUGGAAACCUCGAUGAGCUUCUUCGUGGUGGACGUGAUACAUACGAUUGGAAGACAUGCUAUGGAAUAAUUACUGGGAUUUGUCAGGGUUUGAAUUACCUCCACAAUGGAUUCGAAGAGCCUAUUUAUCAUUUGGAUUUAAAGCCAGCCAAUGUAUUGCUGGAUGAGAAGAUGGUUCCCAGAAUUGCAGAUUUUGGGAUAUCAAGGCUCCUCAGAGUGGGAUGCGACAAUUACUUGAAAUUCACUGACAUGUCUCCCGGUGAAUCUUUCGACGAAUUCAAGGAACUAAUGUGGGAAUACUGGAUGAAUAGGAUGCUUGAGAACACAUAUUCUGAACAAGUAAAGGUAUGCAUUGAAAUUGGUUUAAGUUGUGUGGAGAAUGAUCGAAACAAAAGGAAAGCUAUAAAGGAUAUUGUCGGUAUACUGAAGCAGACAGAAAUUGAAUGUGCUGAUGCGACAAAGAAAGAGUUGUUGUGGAUUUCCAAGUUUGCUAAACUGGAUAGGCUCAACGGCCCUGCGCGUCUUAUGGUUGUUUCAAAUCUCGAUUAUACAAUGGUUGAUGAUGAAGACGAAGAGAACUUGUCUUUGCUUAGGUUUGGGGCCCUUUGGGAGUCUGCUUACAGCCAGGAUUCUCUUCUUGUCUACUCCACUGGAAGGUCACCUGCUCGGUAUAAGGAAUUGAAGGAACAGAAGCCUAUGCUACCAACUCCAGACAUCACUAUUAUGUCUGUGGGCACUGAGAUAACUUAUGGUGAGGACAUGGAUCCUGACGAUGGCUGGAUGGAAUAUCUGAACAAUAGGUGGGACAGGAAUAUUGUUCUUGAGGAGGCGAAGAAGUUUUCUCAGCUGUGGUUUCAGGGAGAUACAGAACAACGUCCACAUAAGCUCAGCUUUUAUGUUAAAGAGAAAUAUGAUUUGCAGGAAGUGGAGCGGUCUCUCUCCAUGAAGCUUAAUGAGCGUGGGGUACAUGUGAAAAUGAUUUUCAGUGCUGGCCGAGCCCUUGACAUAUUAGCUAAAAGGGCUGGAAAGGGUCAGGCACUUGCAUAUUUACUCAAGAAGUUAGGCUCAUUCGGAAAAACACCAAAGGAUACUCUUGUUUGUGGAGACACUGGUAGCGAUGCAGAAUUAUUCAGCGUCCCUGAUGUCCAUGGCGUCAUGGUUAACAAUGCCGAAGAGGAACUAGUCCAGUGGUACGCAGCAAAAACGGAGGAUAAUCCUAAGGUAAAAGUAAUGCAUGCAACUGAGAGGUGUGCUGCUGGUAUUAUUCAAGCUAUUGGGUACCUCAAGCUAGGACCUAAUGUUCCUCCAAGAGACUUUAAUUUUCCUUGCAUCAAGGAGGACUCUUUCAAGCCUACAGCGGCCGUCGUGAAGUUCUAUGUUCUCUACGAGAAGUGGCGUAGGGCUGACGUUCCAAAGGCUGAUUCAGUUAAAGAGUACUUCAAAAACGUCACUGAUGCAAAUGGGGUUAUUAUUCAACCUUCUGGGCUCGUCCUUUCAAUCCAUUCAUCCAUUGAUGCGUUGACUUCAUGUUACGGUGACAAACAAGGGAAACGGUACCGAUCAUGGGUGGACAGACUAGGUAUCUCACAGAGUGCUUCUCACAGUUAUCUUGUGUGGUUCGACUUGUGGGAGUCAGAAGGAAAUAAUGCGCCGGUGUGCUGUCUAACAACUCUUGCGCUGAAUAUAAAGCCUGAAACGCCGGAGGGUUUCGUGGUAACACGCAUCCACAAGACUUGGCUCAAAGGAUAUUCUGGAGAUGAGCGGCCAUCCCAACUAUAG